UCUCGGUAGGACGUUUCCGCGGUCGUUCGUGGUCGCGCCGGGCUGUUGUCUUGUGUGUAUAUCCCAUAGGAGCAAGCAAGCAAAAAAAAAAGAAGCUUUCUUAUUGUGCUGCUGGGAGUUGGAAGUUUUCGAGGACAAUAUUUUUGCGGUGCGGGUGUGCGGUUGUUUUCCCUAUUGUUGUUGCACCCGGUGUGUGAACCCGCAGGAGCCUACUGCGGCGAGCUCGGUCAGUGCGGAAUGCGUAGCAGAUAGAGUGUGAGGCCUGUGGGUUGCUGUGUGUUUUUUUUCCUUCUCGAAGCAGUGUUGACGAGGGUGACAAACUAGUUGCCGUUCCACGGAAGAAAAACGAAGAAAAAAUAGUUGUUCUGUUGUGUGUGCGAGUUUUGUUGUUUCGUUCUUCAGGGGGAGCCGAAGAAUUGCUGCUAGUGACCGUGACGUAAUUUGUGUGGCCAAUAGAAACAAGAAAACCCUAUGCGGAUUUGCAGCCUCGGAAGAAAGAAGAAGCGCAGUAGUUAUCGAUUCAUCCGCCAUCACUAUUUCUAGUUAGUAACAACAGCAACCCUCCAAUCAAUCAAGGCGCGAAGAUCCGAAGGAAGCACCGAAAAUUAUAAUAGAUGAUCGGUUAAUUAGACUGCUAUGACUGGAAGGUUUUCUGCCGCCGCCGCCACCGCCACCGUCGCCGCCUACUAUGGGAUGUGAAGGAAGCCGGGUUCGUCGGUUCGUCGUGUUAGCGCCGCUGCUGAUGGGUAGUUAUCGGGUCAAGUGCGUGUGAAUGUGAUUUCGAUCGGAACGAAGAAAAGCAAGCCUCCUAGAGAGAUCAAUUAGAUUGCACAUAAAAGUAGUUGUGUGUGUGUGUAUGUGCGCGAAAAUAAAAAAUCAGCGAUGAGCGUUCUGAUUUUGUCGAUAAAUCGUUUACGGUGGUAAAAAAGCGUCCAAUCACGAUCCGAAGAAGAUUACAAGAUUGAUGAAGUUUUAGAUUUUCCGGAAAGUCAUGCUAGCUUUGCAAUCAUAUCCUCCCAGUUUGCUAUUAUAAUAGUGUGUGUGUCUGUGUAUGUCGAUAGUGUAAGAUUUCAUCAAAGUUCCGAGCGUCCAGAAAUCAGUGUCUAUUUGGUGUGUUUCUAUGUGAUUACGAAUAAAUUAGCAAAGUAAGCGUGCUGCCGCAACGUCAAUUUCCAGUUGCCGUCUACCGAAUACCAGAAGCCGCAGUUGCCGUCACAUCCAUCACCACCACCACCACAACCGUUAAAUCAUGUGCUGCUCCCUUCAAUUAAAAUUUAAAUGAGCAUUUGGGUGAUGUCAUUACUACCGGAUGAUAAUGAACUGGAUUAUACUCGGGGUGGUCUUCAUCCUAGCGCCGCAGCUUCGUCUGGACCCAUCGUCGAUUUCGUCGGCGGAAUCCACUCCGUCGCUGUUCGGGAGCCUGCUCAACUAUGGCGGCGGCGUCGUUCGUUCCGGUGGGCUUGCAGCCGUCCAAGGGUCACCACUCAAUACAGAUCCCAUCCCGGCGCCGCUGCGUGCGCUGAAUCCCUUCAUCAAGCACUGGGAACCGGCACGGUUCGAUCGCAGCCAGCUGGAGGUAGCCCACCGGCAUCACGAAGACCACCGGCGGCGGAGGCGCAGUGUCAACUAUGACCACAGUGCGGCCAGCUACGGCCCGGCCAACGUGGUCCGGCUCAACUUCCACGCCCACAAUAGAGACUUCCGGCUGGUGCUGCGGGAGGAUCCCUCUUCGGUGUUCGCCCCGAACAUCCAGAUCGACACCACCGAAGGUCCAGUCGAUUUUGACCUUUCGCGGGUCUACACCGGCAUCGUGGAAGACGACGCCUCGUCGCACGUGCACGGGAUGCUGACACAGGACAACCUCUUCGACGGGACGAUCGUGACCAAUCUAGAGCAAUACUAUAUCGAGCCUGCCGCCCGGUACGGGUCGGAACUGGAGCGGCAAGGCAUCCAUACUGUGAUCUACAAACUCAGUGACGUCAAGAUUCGCCAGGACCACCACAGCCACGGUCCGAAAAAAGCUAGAAGCAGCAGUAGUAGUAUUAGUAGUGUGGUGAAGGAUGGAGAAGCGACGACGUCGUCUGCUCAGAAUCAAUUCAAUCAAAAGUCUGAUGAUAGCGGUAGUAGUGAAAGCGGUGAUAGUGGUAUUAGAAGAAGCAGUAGUAGCGAUAGUAGCAGUGAUAGGCUAAGUAGGCAAAGUGAAGAGGCAAGGGGAGGAAGAGGUGACGAAGGAGAAGAAAGUGAAGCUGAAUUGGUGCGGAGAAAGCGAAGCAAUAGGAAGAGCGACAUCAAACGGAGGAAACGAUGGCUGCCGGAAGAGAUGCAGGAAAGCCGCGGCAAUCCGUCGCUUCCGCUGGAUUUGGAAGUUCCUUACAACGAUGAGUACAGUUUGACUCGGAACCACGACAUCAAGAACCUGAUCAUCACCCGGACCAGUGGGAACCAUGGCGGCAGCGGUCAGACGGUGAACAAGAACAUCAACACCAACCUGUUCCAUCCACCGACGCCGGUCAACAAUCGGAAGAACCACUUCGUCGUCAACACCAGCAACCAAAAUGGCGAUCCGAACCAGCGGAUCAUCACCCGGACUCGUAACGUCAUCGGCAACAAGUACGAUCAGAACGCGGCCAACAGCAACAACAACUCGAAUCCAAACCACAAAACCCACGUGGAGAUCAUCACGAAGAACGGCUCCACCAAGAAGAACAUCAUCGGCAACAACUACAACCCGGACGUGACAAUCAGUGGCACCAACGGGAACAAUCUGAACCUGAACGUCCGGAACGAGCUGCACGAGCAGAAGCAAUCGUUCGCCAACUCGCUGUACGAUCGGAAGAGUACGUGCAUGUUGUAUCUGCAGGCGGAUCAUACGUUCUUCCAGAGGAUGGGCACGGCCGAGGCCAGCAUCGAGGCGAUUACGCGGCACGUACAGCGGGCCAACAUGAUCUACCGGAAGACGGAUUUCAACGGCGACGGCAAACCGGACAACAUCACGUUCAUGAUCAAACGCAUCAAGGUGCACAAUCUGAACGCCCUUAAGGAUCCGUCCUAUCGCUUCGCCGGGAGCUACGGCGUGGAAAAGUUCCUGGAGCUGUUCUCAGAGGAAGAUUACGACGCGUUCUGUCUGGCGUACAUGUUCACCUAUCGGGACUUCGAGAUGGGUACCCUCGGGUUGGCCUGGACCGGUGACCUCAAGAACGCCGGCGGUGUCUGCGAAAAGAAUGGGCACUACCGAGGUUCGCUGAAAUCCCUCAACACCGGCAUCGUGACGCUGCUGAACUACGGGAAGCAUGUUCCACCUGCCGUUUCGCACGUGACGCUGGCGCACGAAAUUGGACACAACUUUGGCUCACCGCACGAUCCGGAACAGUGUACACCAGGUGGCGAGGAUGGCAACUUCAUUAUGUUCGCCCGGGCCACGUCCGGCGACAAGCGGAACAACAACCGGUUCAGUCCCUGCUCGCUGAAGGCGAUAGAGCCGGUCCUGAAUGCCAAAGCACGCAGCGCCAAGGGGUGCUUCACUGAACCACAAGCUUCCAUCUGCGGGAACGGGGUGGUGGAACCGGGCGAGCAGUGCGACUGCGGCUGGGAGGAGGACUGCAAGGAUUCUUGCUGCUACCCGAUGUCCCGGAACGGGAGGUACGGCAAGAAUGCGUGCACGCUAACACCGAAAGCCCAGUGCAGCCCGUCCCAAGGCCCAUGCUGUACGCUGGAGUGUACGCUGAAGCUCGGUGACAAGUGCCGCGAUGACAACGGGUGCCGCGAUCCGGCCUAUUGCGACGGCACCAUGCCGCUGUGCCCGCUGUCCAUCAACAAACCGAACAAGACGAUCUGCAACAAGGAGUACGUGUGCUACAUGGGUGAAUGUACCGGAUCGAUCUGCCUGGCCUACGGUCUGGAGUCCUGCCAGUGUGUCGUCGGGCCCGAAGAUCCGGCGGCUCGAGCCUGCGAACUGUGCUGCAAGCAACCGGGCGAAGACAAGCCUUGUCUGAGUUCGUUCAACUGGAAUGAUCCACCAUUCGACGUUCCGGAUAUGUACGCCAAACCGGGAACUCCGUGCAACGAUUACAACGGCUACUGUGACGUGUCGCAAAAGUGCCGAGAGGUAGAUCCGUCCGGACCGCUGGCCACGCUGCGGAAACUGCUCCUGUCGGAAGAGAGCAUAGCCAGCUUCAAGAAGUGGGUUAUCUCCAACUGGUACGCCGUUGCCUUGAUAGCGGUGGUCAUCCUUGCGCUACUGAUUCUGAGUGCAAAACUGCUGGGCAGACGGACGAAUCUGAAGCUCAAAACGGUCACCAUAAUCCACAGUGCGACGACGGAAACGGUCCGGCUACCGGAGGACAACAACGGAGUGAUAGUGCACACGGCCGUCCGCACCAAGGUGCCGCUGAGAAAGAAAGUCCGCGGCGAGCGGUCCAAGUCCAAAACGGGUCCACUCCCACCGGGUCAAUCCGUUCCGAAGCAGCUACUCGCAACAGCCACCGGUCCCGGCGGGGUAGUGACCACCACAGCAGCGGCAGCCGGAAACACAACCACGCUGAUUCCAUCGACCUCCAAGGACCGGUUCCAUCUGUCCAGGUCAUCAACGAGCAACCCCGCCACGGUAGUCAUAAAGCAAGUCAAACGGCAUGUCGGUAAAACGACCACCACCACCACCGCCGCCAACAGCGACAGUCCAAAGAAGCUCAUCAAAAAGAAAAAGAAACGCUCCACCGCCACUCCCGGGGGUCCUUCGGAUGAAUCCCCGGUUAAGGAACCCAUCACCAAGCAAAAGAAGAAAAAGACCAAAUCGAAGCAUAAGGAAGUGAUCGACUACUCGUCCAGGAGCGACGCCCAUAGUCAUACCAAUACAUUCGGAAAAGUGCACCGAUGGCUUCUGGAGUCGCAGAUCGUAACGAACGCAACCAAUCAGUUCGAGCACGCGUCCAAAGUCACCAACAUGAUGAACAAGAGCCUCUCAACCCCGGAACAUCUGACGAGUACGACUGCGGCCGUAGUUUCCCAGCAACAGCCUCGGUCACCGAAGAAGACCCGCGUGAAGACCAAAUCCGUCGGUAACAUCAAUGAAAAGGUUCGCCUGCAAGUCGUAUACAAACCACCCUUCAAGUUCAGCCUGAAACUGUCCAAAAACGAACCCUCUGUCAAGACCCACAUCGUGGCUGGUCCUGUGGGUAAGCGAAAGGGUCGAAUGGUGGACAGGAAACGCGUCGCCGCUGCCAUCCAAUCCGAAACGCAACGGGGAAGAGCGGCCAUUUUAGUGCGACCGGUGGUCACCCCCGACGAAGCCGUGAGUCCACUCUCGGAACCAAACUACGAAACCCUCAACCCACGCAACCCGCCCGAGGCACCGCCGUCCCCAUCGUCGGAAACGCACGUCUACGAGAACGUGACGUUCAACAGUGGCGGCGGUAGUGGUUCCGGUCCAACCGAACUGCCAAACUCAGUGCCUCCCCCCAUCAAUACAGCCACCUUCCGCAUUAACCGUAGUGCUAGUGGUAGUAACAUAGUAAACCACCCCUCCGGUUCCCACUUCCGGAAUCCAUCGAUAACCUCGGUGAGCCAAAUCCGGCCCACCUCCUCCGGGCUGCGGGGCAGCUCGUCGAAUCUCGCCACCGCCGGAGGUAGUCAUAGCAAUAGCAAUAGCCGGGAACGGGACAAACACCGUCGCUCUUACGGUGGAGCGAUCGGUGGCGAAAGCACCGAAAGUCUAAUACGUUCCAGUACAACGAAUCUGGCCAAGUCGGCAAGCAGCAAACGGCGAUCCAGUUCGACAAGCUUGCACCAGCGGCACUCCGGUUCGACGUCAAAUCUGCACUCGAUGAAACGGCACUCCGGUUCGUCGAGUCAGUACCUGAACCAGGAACCGCCACCGUCGUUGUCGUCGCCGCAUGAAGUGCCCCUCGGUCGGCGGCAUAGUACCAGCGUCAGGCCAGUAGAUAGCGGCACCGGUGGUAGCAAUAACAGUAGUAACAGCAUGAAGAAGCAGAAAAUUUCCCGAACAUCUAGUAGUACGAAUCUGACGCAACGGCGCAGUAGUAUAGGUAGUAGGCAAGCGUCCGCCGACCGGCACCUGUCGCGGCAGACGUCGUUGAAUGUGAAUCUGCCGCACAAGGGAACGGUGGCGGUGGAUCGAAGGCCGCACACGUCCUCGUGCGAUGACCGGCAGCAGGCGGCCACAUUCGACUGGCCGACUGCUGGGCUGGUGCUGCCAAAGAAGCGAAACGACGAUCCACUGCCGUCGGAUUUGGAGGUUAUGGUGUCGGAUGCGGAGAAUCUGGUGGGCGACAGAUAACAACCCUUCGGAUUCUGGCCGGGUGCCGGUGCUAGAGAAUAGUUAGAGUUCUUCGUGUUCAUAUCGAUUUUAAACGGCCGGACGGAAAUGAGAGGGAGGAGCUGAUUUUAACCAAGGUCCUUUCCGGGUCCGGAUCCGGAUCCGGAGUUUAGGUUCGUUUUUUUCUUUUAUCAAGUGCCAAUGUUAGGUGAAGAAGAAAGAGUGGAAGGGGAAGACGUGUGUGGGUGAGAAACAUCAACAUCAGCUUGCUUUCUUCGGGUAUGUUUUAGUUUGGGAAAGAUGGUUUGUAUUAAGUGGAGUUGGUAGAGAUUUAGACGUGCAGCUGCAGGUGGGCUGCAAUAGAAGAAUGUUCACGAAUGGCAGCAUAUCAGGAAGGAUACUUGGAGGGGGGGGGGGUGUAGGAUAUCUAGAACAGUUGGUAGGUAGUUGAAAGCUAGUUUGACUCGGUUUUGUCAAGUUGAUUCGGUUGUCGGUUUGUCGAUUCUGUGGUGCAAUUAGAAAUUUUGAAAGAGAGAGUUUUCAAACAAUGAAGUAAUUUAUAUUUGCAGCGAUCAGUGCUCACCUUAGUUUACGUCACCUUUUUAGCUUGAAGAUCAAGUCAUGUGAAAUCUUAUGUUGAA